AUGAGCAGAGCCGCGCAGGGGGGCUUCUUCUUUCUCUCUCUCUCUCUCUCUCCGCCCCCUCUCUCUCGCCCUGGCCUGGUCAAAGAUGAUCACCCACCACCACCACCACCACCACCACCACCAUUCAGCCCGACGUCCGCCUCGUCGUCAAACCACCAACCACCCUCGACACCGCUCUUUGGCCUGCUUACGAGUUGCAACCCCCCCCGCCCCGCCCUUCUUCCUCCCGGGAGCGGGGGUUCUUCUCCUCCGGCCCUGCUCUGCAGUACCAUGCACCGCAUCCUCUCUGUUGAUGGCUCGCUCACUCUCUCCGCGCGGAGCCGCACAUGUACAACUCAUGUACAGACAUAA